UUUUUUUUUUUAAUUUAGUCAGGUUAAUUAAUUUUUUUAACGAUUUAUUUUAUUAUAUAGAUAUUAUAUUUUUUUUAUUACUUUUAAGAAAAUGACAAAUCCAACAGAUAUUCCAAUUUUAAAAUCAAAAGUAAUUAAAGAUGAAGCUUAUGAUAAAAAUUAUAAGGAAAUGCUUUCAAUGAUAUCUACAUUAAAUGAUAGAUUAUCUAAAGCAACAGAACAAGGAGAUGAAAAAGCAAUAAAACAACAUUUGAAAAGAGGUCAAUUAUUAGUUCGUGAUAGGAUUGACCUUUUAUUAGAUGAAGAUUCUCCUUUUUUAGAAUUAUGUCCAUUAGCAGGAUGGAAUCAAAAAGAUAUGACAUUAGGUGGAUCAAUUGUAGCAGGUAUAGGAUUAGUUUGUGGUGUAGAAUGUUUAAUAACUGGAAAUGUACCAACAUUAUUUGGAGGAUCAUCAAAUGAAAUUAGUGUGGCAAAAGGUGCAAGAAUAGCAGCAAUUGCUAAAGAAAAUAAUUUACCAUUUAUACAAUUAAUUCAAACAGGUGGUGCAAAAUUAGAUCAACAAUCUAAAGUAUUUCAUCCAGGUGGUGGACAAUUUCGUAUGUUAGCUCAAAGAACAAAAUUAAAUUUACCAACAUGUAGUGUAGUAUUUGGUAGUAGUACAGCAGGUGGAGCUUAUACACCUGCUUUAAGUGAUUAUAUUAUCAUGGUAAAAAAUCAAGCUCAAGUAUUUCUUGGUGGUCCUCCUCUUGUACAAAUGGCAAUAGGUGAAAAGGUUGAUGCUGAAAGUUUAGGUGGUGGUGAUAUGCAUAGUAGAAAAUCUGGUGUAAGUGAUCAAUUAGCUUUAGAUGAAUAUGAUGCUAUUAAAAAAGCAAGAGAAUUUAUUGGUAGAUUGAAUUGGCAAAAGAAGGGGAAAAUUCCUGCUACUCAUCUUCUUCCUAAAAUUGAGGAACCUUUAUAUGAUAUUGAUGAAUUACUUGGAAUCGUUUCUACAAAUAUUAGAAUCCCUUUUGAUGCUAAUGAAGUUAUUACUCGUAUAGUUGAUGGUUCAAAAUUUAUGGUUUUUAAACCACUUUAUGGACCAAAUAUUAUUACAGGAUGGGCUUAUAUUCAUGGAUUUCAAGUGGGUAUCAUUGCAAAUAAUAAUGUUAUAUUUAUGCAAGAAGCUAAUAAGGCCACACAAUUUAUAAGAUUAUGUAACAUGAUGAAUGUACCUCUCCUUUUCCUUCAAAAUACCACAGGAUUUAUGGUAGGAAAGGAAUAUGAAGAAAAAGGAAUUAUAAAAGCUGGUGCACAUUUCGUUAAUGCUGUAAGUAAUAGUCAAGUACCUGCUAUUACAAUUAUGAUGGGAGCUUCUUAUGGUGCUGGUAAUUAUGCUAUGUGUGGUAGAGCUUAUAAUCCAAGGUUUUUAUUUUCUUGGCCAAAUAGUAAAUGUUCUGUUAUGGGACCUGAUCAAUUAAUUGGUGUUAUGGAUAUUAUUAUGAGAGAAGCUGCCGAUAGAGUUGGUAAACCAGUUAAUGAGAAAUUAGUAGCAGAAAGGAACAAAGUGCUUCGAUCGAUAGUAGAAAAUGAAUCUGAUGUUUAUUGGACAAGUUCAAGAUUAUUAGAUGAUGGUAUAAUUGAUCCUAGAAUGACGAGAGUCAUAUUGGGAUUUUGUUUGAGUAUUGUCUAUAACGAAAAAGUUGAAGGUGGUAAUUUGGCUGGUGCAAGUAGAAUGUAACAUAUAUAUUUAUUAGAUAAAAUUUACAUGAAGGAGAUUUUUUUUUUUUAAAAAAAAAA